AUUGAUAUGUAGUUGAUAACUGCCUUGUGUUUUUCUAAUAGCCUCUUAAAAGACUGAAAGGAUCUCUAGUAUGUUUUGUGAAUGCUCACCAAGUCAUUGCUGUAACAUUUAUGUUUGUGGUGUUUUCACAGGUUGUCAUUCAGAAACAUAACAGACCAGCCCUUGCUGUUGAGCUGUGUCACUAUGUUAGUGCCGAUCUUCACCCUUAAACUGAACCAUAAGAUUAAUCCUCGAAUGGUUGCUGUCGGAAAGUAUGAUGGGAUUCAUCCAUGCCUCACUGCAGCCACACAAGCAGGGAAGGUGUUUAUCCAUAACCCUCACACUCGAGGUCAGAGGCCAGUGGCCCACCGGCUGAGUCAAAGUACCCAGGACUCUGAUAUAUCACUCCUCAAUAUCAACCAGGCAGUCAGUUGCCUUACGGCUGGUACUCUGGGACCCAACACCACAGGACACACACUGCUCGUGGGCUCUCAAACCAACCUGCUGGCAUAUGAUGUGCAUGACAACGCUGAUAUUUUCUACAAGGAGGUGACCGACGGGGCCAAUGCCAUUGUCCUCGGAAAACUAGGAGAUAACCAGUCCCCCCUCGCCAUCAUUGGAGGAAACUGCGCUCUGCAAGGCUUUGACUAUGAGGGAAAUGACCAGUUCUGGACAGUCACAGGAGAUAAUGUACGAUCACUUGUGCUCUGCGACUUUACUGGAGAUGGCAAAAAUGAGCUUCUUGUUGGGUCAGAGGACUUUGAUAUCAGGGUGUUCAGAGAAGAUGAACUAGUGACCGAGAUGGCAGAAAAUGAGACAGUCACAUCACUUUGUCACAUGCAUGGAAGCAGAUUUGGUUAUGCAUUGGCUAAUGGAACAGUUGGAGUAUAUGACCGCACUGCCCGCUACUGGAGGAUCAAGUCUAAAAACCACGCCAUGAGCAUCCAUGCCUUUGAUCUUAAUGCCGAUGGUGUUGUAGAACUAAUAACUGGGUGGUCCAAUGGAAAGAUUGAUGCACGCAGUGAUCGCACAGGUGAGGUGAUCUUCAAGGAUAACUUCUCCUCCUCUGUGGCUGGCGUGGUGGAGGGAGACUAUCGCAUGGAUGGACAGAUCCAGCUAAUUUGCACCUCUGUGGAGGGAGAAGUGCGUGGCUACCUGCCUGCCAGCAAGGAGAUGAAGGGAAACCUGAUGGACGCAAGUGUGGAACAAGACCUGAUCAGGGAGCUGAGCCAACGAAAACAAAACCUGUUGCUGGAAUUACGAAACUAUGAGGAAAAAGACAAGGUUGUAUAUGGAGAUGUAACACAGUGCCACACUUUUGCAGUUGUUGAUGCUUUUGGAUGUCAUUGGAUGACCAUUAAUAUUUGUUUGACACAGGCUGCUCCUAGUGUCUCGGAGGGGGAGGCUAAGAUGGGUGUAAUUCCAGCCAACACACAGCUCCAGACAGCCUUGUCUGUGCGAAGAGCCACAGAGAGCCAGAGAGCACAUAUAGAGCUCAACAUCUCCACCCCAAACGAAACAAUCAUUAGAGCUGUGCUGAUAUUUGCUGAAGGAAUUUUUGAAGGCGAGAGUCACGUGGUUCACCCUAGUGCUCAAAACCUCUCUGGCUGUGUCCGUGUCCCCAUCAUUCCUCCAAAAGACAUUCCAGUGGACCUUCACAUCAAAGCUUUUGUGGGAGGGAAGACAAGUACACAGUUUCAUGUGUUUGAGAUUACACGUCAGCUGCCUCGCUUCUCCAUGUAUGACCUUAAUGUUGACCCCUCGGCUGCUCAACCCACUGGAAGAGUCACAUUCAGCAUCAAUGACAGGCCUCAGAGGGUGGUCAUGUGGCUAAACCAAACCUUUCUGCUACCCGAGGGCAUUGAUAGUCCAGACAUCACUUUCACUGCACAGCGUAGUGGAGGUCUCUUAAGGAUCAACAUGCAACCCAGUGGAGAGAUCACACUGAGCACAAAUGACAUUGAUCUAGCUGGAGAUCUGGUCCAGUCGCUUGCCUCUUUUCUGGCCAUAGAAGAUUUACAAGCUGAUGCAGAUUUUCCCGCCUACUUCAAAGAGCUGCGAGCCACUCUCACUGAGGUGGAUGAGUUUCAUUCUGUGCAUCAAAAGCUUACAGCAGCAAUGGCAGAUCAUUCCAACUACAUAAGAAAUAUGCUUGUGCAGGCAGAAGAUGCCAGACUCAUGGGUGAUUGGAGAACCAUGAAGAAGCGUUACAUUGAGCUGUACGACCUCAACAGAGAUUUGAUAAACGAAUAUAAAAUCAGGUCCAAUAAUCACAAUGCCCUCCUUGCAUGCCUAAAAUCAGUUAACCAAGCCAUCCAAAGAGCAGGGAGAUUAAGAGUGGGAAAGCCAAAAAAUCAGGUCAUCACUGCCUGUCGGGAUGCCAUCAAGAACAACAACAUAAAUGCUCUUUUCAAGAUCAUGAAAGCAGGGACUGCAUCGUCCUGAGGAAUCUAUGUUCUGAGCCUAAAUUACCUUCAAGCAGAGAAGUCUGCAAGAUCAGCUGAGACAAUGCCCCUGGGGGAGACUCCAAAAAACUGGCAGAGAAAGAGACAGAGUCCAGUAGUCUGUUGGGAAAUGGAAAAGCCUGCAUGAAGGGAUGUUUUUAAUCCCUACCUCAUAUUGGCAGAAGUUUUGCGUAGAGGAAUAACUAAGUGGGUCUCUCGACAACUGUAUGUCUUAAGUGAUAGCCCAAUUUUUUUUUUGCAUUUUUUUUUUUUUGUCUACAAAGGAAAUGUGUGUAAAUUCACUGAUAUCAACUGUAUAUG